CCUUCAUCGAACUAACCAGUGGAAUGCUUCAUAGAGGGCGUACUUCAGUGUUGCAUUAUUGUUAUUUGUUUCUUUUUCUCUAAACACAGAUUGGAGUUCUGCGCACUGUCAUAUCUUUUGAUACCGGGAUACGGUUCUUUAAUCGUUGGAUUAUUCUCGACGAGCCAGAUCUACUCCGAUGCCUAUCUCCAACCUGGCGAUCACCGCUCUUGACAAUUAACUGCUUCCCGAGAAAUUCCAUUAUUAUCUCACAAUGUGGUUAGGUUGGCUGCCGGCUGUAUUUGUACUUGUUGCCGGCGGGGCUGCGGAGAAGGAAUGGGCCUUCUCACCUCCUUACUAUCCUUCACCUUGGGCUUCGGGCCAGGGAGAAUGGAGCGAGGCAUAUAACAAAGCGCGCGAAUUCGUCUCUCAAUUAACACUCACAGAGAAAGUGAACCUCACGACCGGCGUUGGGUGGAUGCAAGAAGCUUGUGUUGGCAAUGUAGGAUCAAUUCCUCGAUUAGGAUUUCGUUCAUUAUGCAUGCAGGACGGCCCUCUUGGUAUUCGUUUCGCGGACCAUGUCAGUGCAUUUCCGGCGGGUAUCAACGUAGGAGCGACGUGGAGCAAAAAUUUGGCAUACUUGCGUGGAAAGGCGAUGGGAGAAGAACACCGUGACAAAGGAGUCGAUGUGCAAUUGGGACCUGCUGUCGGACCGUUGGGCAGGUCUCCCGAUGGAGGUCGUAACUGGGAAGGCUUUAGUCCUGAUCCGGUGCUGUCGGGAUAUCUGGUCGCUGAAACGAUAAAAGGAAUCCAGGAUGCUGGAGUGAUUGCCUGUGUUAAGCAUUUUAUAGUGAACGAACAGGAGCGUUUUCGUCAAGCGCCUGAAGCUCAAGGGUAUGGUUUCAACAUCUCAGAGAGCUCCAGCUCCAACGUGGACGACGUCACUAUGCACGAGCUGUAUCUCUGGCCAUUCGCCGAUGCGGUGCGAGCCGGAGUGGGCUCUGUGAUGUGUUCAUAUAACCAAAUCAACAACAGCUAUGGGUGCUCUAACAGCUACACUCAGAAUAAGCUCCUUAAAGGCGAACUCGGAUUCCAAGGUUUCAUCAUGAGCGAUUGGCAAGCGCAUCAUAGCGGCGUCGGAGAUGCAUUGGCUGGUUUGGACAUGUCAAUGCCCGGGGACACUCUUUUCCUCACCGGAAAAUCAUACUGGGGACCGAAUUUGACUAUCGCUGUCACCAAUGGGACUAUUCCCCAGUGGAGGCUGGAUGAUAUGGCUGUUCGUAUCAUGGCAGCUUACUACAAAGUCCGGCGUGACCAAACCCAAGUCCCGAUCAACUUCAAUUCCUGGACGCGUGAUGAAUUUGGAUAUCUGCAUGCUGGUGGCCAGGAAGGUUAUGGCAGGGUGAACCAAAUGGUCAACGUACGCGGCAGACAUGCCGUUAUUGCUCGAAAAGUUGCAAGCGCCAGCACAGUGCUUCUUAAGAACAGAGGGGUCCUUCCACUAAAAGGCAAAGAGAAGCUCACUGCAGUUAUCGGGGAAGAUGCUGGACCGAAUCUAUGGGGACCAAAUGGUUGCCCUGAUCGAGGUUGUGCUAACGGGACUCUAGCGAUGGGUUGGGGCAGCGGUACGGCGGAUUUUCCGUACCUUGUGACACCAGCGCAGGCGAUUGAGAAUGAAGUAAUAACGAAAGGAGUUGGAGAAGUAAUGUCAGUGUUUGACAACUACGCAACGUCUCAGAUCGAAUCGGUUGUUUCUCAAGCUACUGUCUCGCUUGUAUUUGUGAACGCAGGCGCUGGAGAAGCUUUUAUCAGUGUUGACGGGAAUGAGGGCGAUCGAAAGAACUUGACUCUCUGGAAGAACGGGGAUGAGUUAAUUAAAACAGUCGCCUCCAUGUGUAACAAUACUGUCGUGGUCAUGCACACUGCUGGGCCCGUCUUGGUUGACAAGUGGUACGACCAUCCUAAUGUCACUGCUAUCUUGUGGGCAGGGCUACCCGGGCAAGAAAGCGGUAAAGCCCUAGGGGACGUGAUCUAUGGUCGAGGCAAUCCAGGGGCCAAAUCUCCUUUCACAUGGGCCGCGACCUCGGAGGACUAUGGUGUCAGCAUCCUCAAAGAGCCCAAUGCGGGCACCAAGGCCCCGCAGAUUGAUUUCGAGGAAGGUAUCUUUAUUGAUUACCGCGCCUUCGACAAGUCAAACACAAAGCCAAUCUAUGAAUUCGGAUUUGGCUUGAGCUACACGACUUUCACCUUCUCUGACCUCGAAGUCCAGCCACUGCGGGCCAACCCGUAUGUUCCCACAAGCGGUUUCACGGAUCCUGCCCCCGUUUUUGGUAACUCGACCGAUCAUCUCCAGUUUCCUGCCGGAUUUGACCCUGUCCACCUCUACAUCUACCCGUGGUUGAAUUCGACCGAUCUUAAGGAGUCUUCUAUGGACCGCGAUUAUGGGCUACCGACGGAAAAGUAUGUCCCACCAGGAGCAACGGAUGGAGGCCCACAGGCGCUUCUCCCAGCAGGAGGUGGGCCAGGAGGGAACCCGGGCCUAUAUGAGGAGCUUUACAGAGUAUCAGUCACCAUCACAAAUACGGGGAGCGUGACAGGCGAUGAAGUGCCACAGCUGUACCUAUCACUUGGUGGCCCGAACGACGCUAAGAUAGUUUUGCGUGGGUUCGAUCGUGUCACUCUCCGACCUGGCGAGAACACGGUCUGGCAGACAACCCUGACUCGACGUGAUAUCUCCAACUGGGAUCCUGUGACACAGAACUGGGUGGUGACGAGCCAUCCCAAGAUGAUCUACGUGGGAAAUUCAUCCAGGAAUCAGCCUCUAUCCGCUCCUCUACCCCCUUCUUCGUAGGCCAAGCUCUCGAGCGCAUCGAUCCGCCAGGGGUUUGAGAUUGUAGAUACGAGGUUUGCAUCCGUGAUUCCGUGCCUCCAAGGUACGCGGUGGGAUGCGUCAUAGCUACAUAUUAUUUGACAGAUGUUCAAAAGGAAAUCGGUGCGAAAUAACGCUUAAUGCCAUUUCUUCUGUUUUUGAUGAAGCCAUGGAGAGAGAAGCUGUUGAUCAAUCGUGUUGCUCCCCCUUCCCCCGGUCUGGCGGCCCGAGGAAGCGCUGCACGACCCGGUAACCCGCAUAGCACUGUGUAUGACGAUAUAGCCCUCUAGGGG